CCCGCGCCGCCAAUGAGCAGCGGCCACGGCGGAGAACUGGCAGCCGCGUGCGCGGGGGGCAGCGGCCGGUCCGGCACACGGGCUGCAGCCACCGCCACCGUCAUGGGCGCGCUCGGCGUGGGCCGCCUGUUCCUCGGAGCUGUGAGCUGUACAUUCUUCCUGGCAGUUAACAGUUUAUAUUCUUCCAGUGAUGUGAUAGAGCUAACACCAACAAAUUUCAACAAGGAAGUCCUUCAGAGUGCCAGCUUGUGGCUGGUAGAGUUUUAUGCACCGUGGUGUGGUCACUGUCAGAGACUCACUCCUGAAUGGAAGAAAGCGGCCACAGCAUUAAAAGGUGUGGUGAAAGUAGGCGCAGUGGAUGCAGAUAAGCACCAGUCACUAGGUGGUCAGUAUGGUGUUAAAGGAUUCCCAACUAUCAAGAUAUUUGGAGCCAACAAAAACAAAGCAGAAGAUUACCAGGGGGGUAGGACAAGUGAAGCUAUUGUUGAUGCUGCAUUAAGUGCUACUCGAUCUAUGGUAAAGGAGCGUCUCAGUGGCAGAAGUGGUGGAUACAGUUCUGGAAAGCAGAGCAGCCGAGAAAGCGGUGACACGGAUAAGAAGGAUGUGGUUGAGUUGACUGAUGACACCUUCGACAAGAACGUCUUAAAUAGCGAUGAUGUCUGGCUGGUGGAAUUUUAUGCCCCUUGGUGUGGACACUGCAAAAAUCUGGAGCCAGAAUGGGCAGCUGCUGCCACAGAAGUGAAAGAACAAACUAAGGGCAAGGUGAAGCUAGCUGCUGUGGAUGCCACAGUAAAUCAGAUGUUGACUGGUCGAUAUGGGAUUCGUGGAUUUCCUACAAUUAAGAUCUUUCAGAAAGGAGAAGACCCUGUUGAUUAUGAUGGUGGAAGAACAAGAGCUGACAUAGUUACUCGGGCUCUGGAUCUAUUUUCUGAUAAUGCCCCACCACCUGAGCUGCUAGAGGUCAUUAAUGCAGAUAUUCUGAAGAGUACCUGUGAAGCUCAUCAGCUCUGUAUCAUUGCUGUCCUGCCUCAUAUUCUGGAUACAGGAGCAUCGGGUAGAAAUUCCUAUUUAGAAGUCAUGUUAAAAAUGGCAGAAAAAUACAAAAAGAAAAUGUGGGGGUGGUUGUGGACAGAGGCAGGAGCUCAGUCUGACCUGGAAAGCUCCUUAGGAAUUGGAGGAUUUGGAUACCCAGCAAUGGCUGCAGUUAAUGCUCGGAAGAUGAAAUUUGCCCUUCUGAAAGGAUCUUUCAGUGAACAGGGGAUUAAUGAGUUUCUCAGGGAACUGUCUGUUGGCCGUGGGUCUACAGCACCAGUAGCUGGUGGGGCUUUCCCUAAAAUUAACACAGUGGAGCCUUGGGAUGGCAAAGAUGGAGAGCUUCCAGUUGAAGAUGAUAUUGAUCUCAGUGAUGUGGAUCUUGAUGAUUGGGAGAAAGACGAAUUGUAAGAUCUUUAAGUUUCUUGAGAGAGUUUGUGCAGCAGCUCGGUGGAACAUGGUUCACAAUCAGAUGGAUAUUCCAGUGGCCUUUUCCCAGAGAAGUAGCACUUGACCAGCUCUCUGCAACAGUGAACUGUACACAUCAUGAGAAAACUGUGCAAAAAUUCUAUGAAUUGUCAUAACAGUAAACUUGAUUGUAUUCUGUGCAACACAUUUUAAGGACAACAUGAAUCUUUCUUUGGAAUGUCUUGGUUUUUAUUUUGUUGAUAUGGUGUGUGCUGUUUGAAUGUUUACCAGGAUCUGUUACUGUAACCAGUUUUAAAUGCGCCUCAUUCUUUCAUUCAGAUGGAACUUGAUCAGUUUCUGUUUCAAUUAAAGAAUAAAACUUAAUAUUUUUGA